AUGUUCAAAACUUUUGCUGCCAGCACCUUCAUCGUGCUGGCAGCAGCAGCAGAUUUACCAUACAACCCUUCAUCCUUGUGGGUGUCUACCACCGCCGAAAAUCACACAGUUGCCUAUUACAUAUCGUCGACAUCCAAUGAGGUUAGGUUUCAAUACAUCAACCUCACCAGGUCAUUCGAUGCCGUAUCGCCGUCCUUCUCGAACAUCGCUCCGCCUCCCUUCUCUCCCAACGAUGCAAAGUCGAUAAUUCCUAUUGUGGACCCAGAGGGCAUCCCUACAAUCUAUGCGGGGGAUUGCCGGUCUUCCAAGGCCGAAGUUUGGCGGUUUGAAACUGAAAAUGCAAAAGACACAGGUGAUAUGAAUGGGAAAUGGCUCAAGUCUGCGAUUCAGCAAAAGAAAGUUAGAAGUGGCAUACCAUGGAGGGGUCCAAACUAUCUCGCAGCCGGGAUUGGAUUCUCGACCCCGGAAAGUGAUUCAGCUCCUGAUAUUUACGUGUUUGCCGGGAUGUGCCCAACCGACGAAAGGAGACACAGGUCCUGGAUAGCAGACGCUGAGUACUCCAGGAAUAUGACCUAUCUCCAAACGGAAAUGUCUUCUCCUAGUCCAGACUACAACAUCGAAGCGUUAUCCAUUAGAUCUCCUCCCGUGGCCGAGGCUGGUUUCAGUAUGACCCCUCUUGUACCUGCAUACUCAAAUUCAUCAACUGGUGCGAGGUUGCGUCACCAGAGCUUCGUUCUCGCUGGUGGCCAUACGCAAAGCGCAUUCGUCAACAUGUCACAGAUAGCGCUAUUUUCCCUCCCUGAGGAGAGUUGGAGCUACGUUACAGUCAACCAAGCAUUGAGUGAUUCAUCCCAGGCAAGGUUACCAGAAGGUAUAUCCGGAAUUGAGCCACGAUCUGGUCAUACAGCAGUCCUUACUGCAGAUGGCAGCAAAAUUGUCAUCUUCGGGGGUUGGGUUGGGGACACUUCCGUGCCUGCACAACCCCAGCUAGCUAUCCUUGACAUCGGCGAGGAUUAUGGAGGUUCUGGCGACUGGACAUGGAAAAUCCCAAAGAGCUCGCCAGACGGACUCCCUGAAAAUACAGGAGUGUUUGGUCAUGGAGCUGCCAUGCUUCCCGGCAAUGUAUUGCUUAUAACUGGAGGAUACAAAAUACCACCCCGGUCGUUCAAAAGGUCGAGCGAUGAGUUUGUAGCUAACGACCAGACCUUUCUCUUCAACACCAGUUCUGGAACUUGGGUUACAUCAUAUACUCCCCCAGAUAUUGCUUCUGUUCCAAACGAACACCAGAGAGGGCCCCUCUCUACAACAUUGCAGAAAGUCGGCCUUGGGGUAGGCAUUGGUAUUGGGGUUCCAAUUGUUGCUUUGGCUGCUGUUCUUGUUUUCUUCGUCUGCCGCAAUCGACGCGCCCGUGAGCACCGUAAAGCCCGCGAACAAACACUCCGGAGCCUUGCAUUAGGUGCUGAACGGCCUCAUUUUGAAGCACCCGAUCAGCAAAUGAUGCAGAUAGACUCUGCUCAGCAAUACGGGUUUGGUGGAUAUAGCGAUAUCCAAAAUUCUCCAUUUGCAGCGGAAAGGACGGGCCUCUUGGUAGACAACCCAAGUCCAACUAGAGGCUUGCGGGCUAGUGUACGAUCUCGAGGUUACCAGCCAGGCAUUCUGCAGGAUGACCCAAGACGAAAUAUCAAAUUCUCCCAAAUCCAGCCCAUUGAUGAAGGAGAGGAAUACGAUGCUAUUCAGCCAGUUCCAGCAGGGGCGGCUGGGUGUCGAGAUAGCAAGUGUUCUAACAACUCGGAUCCUUUCAAGGACCCUCCUUCCCCAACCAAGGACUGCUUCCCAUCCCUUGUGCCAGAGGAUCAGUCUAGAUCGCACGCCAAUGAUGAGAACAUACACGAAUGGGUACAUACGCUGAGCUCUGAGAAACUAGAGAAGCCUCCUAGUAUCACAUCAGAAAAGCAAGACCGCACGCUCUCCAACCUAUCUGGCACCUCAGGCACUUCAUCAUCCUCACAUCGUACGAAUCCAAAGUUGUUAGAUCGUUCAGUGUCACAGAGGUCCAAUUUUGGCAACCCAUCCAACUUCGGUAGCUCGGAAAGGGGGCACACAGCCGAUUCUGACAGAGCAGUUCCUGGACGAGUUGCCUUGUCCGGCAGACCAUCCUCCCAGCUCUCCUACGCUCAGCUACAGGCAGAAGGGUCCUCUCUGUUAGGUACUAACCCCUCAUGGAUGCCUCAACAAGACCCAAAUCAACCUGCAGACCAACGCCAGGGGCCUAUAACUUUAGAGCUAGCAGGGACCAUUCGGCGAGUUCUUGGCUCGUUAAGAAAAUCAGAAACAUCUGGAGGCUCGAAUAAAGCACCUAACCAGGCAGAGUCCCGCGCAUCAAACCAGCGGAGUUCAAGCACAAGCCCAACAAAAAGCUUCUACAGUUUACCGGACGAAGAGAAUCCGGGUUAUUUGGAAAUCGUACAAGGAACGUCACAGCGUCCCCAUCGAGCAGUCAGCACAAGCUCUUCAGUCCUCAGGCGCAAACAAGGUGCCAAAGAUUGGAAUGCAAAGCGCAAAUCGGGAGACAGUUCAAUAUUACGACAAGGGAAACCCCGGUAUGAGUCUUCAUCCGCCGAGGUUGGAAGUGCAGUAGGGGGCGCAAGCUUCAGAAGUAGUGAGGAUGAUUAUGACUUUGACGAUGAAGACUGGGAUGUCGAGGCAGCUGCUGAGGGACGAGUGGUACAGGUUACAUUUACUGUGCCGAAGGAAAGGCUGAGAGUUGUCAACGCCGGUGCAGGGGAUACCAUUGACGAUGAUGAUGAACGCGACGAAGACAAGAAAAUGAAACAAAAGCAAGUCGACACCAAUGAUAAUGAUCAUGAGAAAGGUAAAGGGAAGGGAUUAAUCCCAGUUUCUGAAUCUAUGAGGUCUAUCGAUGAUGUGUUUACAGAUGCCCCUGAGGAGAGCAGUGAAACGCCAACAAAACAGUAG